AACCAAUGGAUUUGGUUUGCAUUCCUCCUAUCCUUCAGUCCCGAACCCUUCAUCCCUCUCCUAACCAUCAACUUACCGUGGGGCAACAGUUUCCUGAUGUUCAUAGCUGCCGUAGGGCACUUAGGGAGGCAGCCAUUGCUCUUCGCUUUGAGAUGCAGACAGUCAAGUCAGACAAGGUUCGUUUCACUGCACAAUGUGCAAGUGAAGGAUGCUCUUGGAGAAUUCAUUGUGCAAAGCUUCCUGGUGUUCCUACCUUCGCAAUUAGGACCAUCCGUGAGCCACAUACUUGUGCUGGAAUAACUCAUCUAGGUCAUCAGCAAGCCUCAGUGCAAUGGGUUGCUAAUACUGUGGAACAACACCUGAGAGAAAAUCCUAAUUGCAAACCAAAGGAGAUACUAGAAGAGAUCCACCGAGUUCAUGGGAUCACCUUAUCAUAUAAACAGGCAUGGAGGGGAAAGGAACGGAUUAUGGCUACUGUUAGGGGUUCAUUUGAAGAAGAUUAUCGCUUACUUCCACAGUAUUGUGACCAACUCAAAAGGUCAAAUCCUGGAAGUAUUGCAUUGGUUUAUGGAAAUCCUAUUGAUGGCUGUUUCAAACGUCUAUUCAUAUCAUUUCAAGCAUCAAUUUAUGGCUUUUUGAAUGCCUGUCGUCCCCUCAUUGGACUUGAUUCUGUCCCCCUUGAAAGCAAGUAUCUUGGAACUUUGCUUUUAGCCGUAGCUUUUGAUGGAGAUGGUGGUCUAUAUCCUCUAGCAUUUGGGGUGGUAGACGAAGUAACUGAUGAUAACUGGAUGUGGUUCCUAUCUCAGUUGCAUAGCCUGCUUGAAACUAAUGCUGAGCACAUGCCAAGACUAUCAAUUUUGUCCAAUAGACAGAAAGCCAUCGUGGAUGGAGUUGAAAUGAAUUUCCCUACUGCUUUCCAUGGGUUCUGCAUGCAUUACUUGAGUGAAAGUUUCCAGAAAGAAUUCAACAACACUGUUCUCAGUGACAUUCUCUGGGAGGCUGCAUGUUCCCUCACUGUCAUAGAUUUUGAAACCAAAAUCCUCGAGAUAGAAGAGAUAUCACAGGAAGCAGCAGCAUGGAUUCGAAGAAUACCUCCUAACUUGUGGGCUACCCCAUAUUUUGAAGGAACUAGGCUUGGCCAAUUAACAGCUAACAUAGCUGAAUCUUUGAAUACUUGGAUAGUUCAAGCCUCUGGACUUCCAAUUAUUCAAAUGAUGGAGUGUAUCAGGCGGCAAUUGAUGACACUAUUCAAUGAACGCCGUGAAGCCAGCAUGCAGUGGUCAAGCAUCUUGGUUCCUUUUGCUGAGAAACAAGUGUCAGAGGCAAUAGAAAAGGCACAGAGUUACCAAGUGUUAAGAGGAAAUGAAGCUGAGUUUGAAGUUUUAUGCCACUCAGGAUCAGCAAGAUAUUCAGUGGACAUUCGCACACGUUGUUGUACAUGUCAUGGAUGGCAACUUUGUGGUCUACCAUGUUCUCAUGCAGUGGCAGUUCUCCUCUCAUGCAGACAGAAUGUGCAUAGGUUUACUGAAAGUUGCUUCACUGUGGCACACUAUCGUAAAGCAUAUUCACAAACCAUACAUCCUAUUCCAGAUAAAGCCUUGUGGGAUAUGUCAGGUGGGCUAGAAGACGAGGUUGUUAUAAAUCCACCAAAGUCUCUGAAGCCACCAGCAAGACAAAGGAAAAGACGAGCUAAUGCUGGACAAGAUAGUGGUGGUGGUCAAGUGAAACGAGUUGUGCAUUGCAGCCGCUGCAACCAACCAGGCCAUUUUAGAACUACUUGUUCUGUCCCUAUGUAAAGUACCAUGUAAUUAAGCAUAGGAUACAAAGUCUUAUACUCUCGUUCAAAGGUCGAGUUUUUGCUAGU